AUGAAAUCCAGUGGUACGAAUGUGGAACGUGUUCCUACAGAACUAAAUUCAAGAAAGACUAAACAUAAAGCGACUUUGAACCAGCACAUAACGGUCCACCAUUUGGACGAACGCGACAUUAAAUGGUUCGAAUGCCAAAAGUGCCUCUUCAAAGCUAAACGAAAAUCGACUUUAAAUAUUCACAUCAACACGAUCCAUUCAGACGAACAUAACAUAAAAUGGUACAAAUGUGAACGCUGUCCAUACAAAACUAAACAAAACGUUAAUUUAAAAAAGCACGUAAAUGCGCUACAUUUAGACGAACACGACGUGAAAUGGUACGAAUGCCAAAGUUGUCCGUACAAAGCAAAGCAAAGCUCGCAUUUAAAAAGCCACAUAAACGCCCACCAUUUGGACGAAGACGACAUUAAAUGGCACGAAUGCCAAAAGUGCACAUUUAAAACCAAGCGAAAAGCGUCGCUGAAUAUCCACGUAAAUGCGCAUCAUUUAGAUGAAGAAAAUGUUAAAUGGUAUGAAUGCGACAAGUGUCCGUUUAAAGCUAAAUACCAAAAUAAUUUAAUAAGACAUAGAAAGCUACAUCUGGACGAGGAGAAUAUUAAGUGGUACGGAUGCAACAAGUGUCCGUAUAAAGCUAAAGCGAACUCUGCUUUAAAGCAACACAUGAUUGCGCGCCAUUUGGAUGAUAAAGACAUUGUUUGGUAUGAGUGUGACAAGUGUUCGUUUAAAACGAAAAAAGUGUAUACUUUAAACAUACACAAGGUUUGUCACCACUCGAACGAGGAUGCCAAGUGGCAUGAAUGUGAUAAGUGUACUUAUAAGUCCAAAAACAACUAUAAUUUGAACCGACAUAUAAAAAAACGCCAUUUGGGUGAAUAA